AUGCUUUUUUGCUCUCCUUGUCUCUCUUUGCUCAUUUCUCUUUCCUAUCAUUUCUCUGUGUCUCUUUCUUUCUCUUUCUCCCUUCUGUUCUCACUCUCAUCCCACCUUUUUCCUUUUUUUCACUCUCUCUCUCUGCUUUUUUCAUCUCUUUGUCUCCUUCAUUUUUUCCUUUCCUUGUCUUUCUCACCUUUUCUUUCUUUUUUCUUUCUUUUCUUUCUUUUUUUCUCUUUUCUUUCUUUUUUUCUCUUUUCUUUCUUUUUUUCUCUUUUCUUUCUUUUUUUCUCUUUUCUUUCUUUUUUUUUUUUUUUUUUUUUUUUUUUUUCUUUUUUCUUUUUUUUUUUUUUUUCUUUCUUUUUUCUUUUCUUUUUUUUUUUUUCUUUCUUUUUUCUUUCUUUUUUUCUCUUUUCUUUCUUUUUUUCUCUUUUCUUUCUUUUUUUCUCUUUUCUUUCUUUUUUUCUCUUUAUGUUCUUAUCCACCAUGUUUCAUUUAUCACCUCUUUUUCUCUCCCUUUUCAUUGAGACUCUCUUUAUACUUCUUUGUCUCUCUUUGCUGAUUUUAUUAUGUGUAGUUUCCUUUGGCUCCAAAUUUUUCUCUCCUUGUCUCUCUUUCAUUAUCUUUCUCUUUCAGUCACUCUCCUUUUCUCUGUCUUUUGUCUCUCUCUCUCUCUCAUAUAUUUUCAUCCUUUCUUCCUCUUUUCAGUAUUCUUUAAUCUUAUUACAGCAGAAUGGCAAAAAAGUGGAAAUAGGAGUAAGAAUAUUGUUUUGUAUUAAUCUUCCAAGUAGAGAAUCAAUGCUGAUUUUCUAG